CAGUAACAAAAACAGAUUGAAGAGGCAAAUGAAAUCGGGAUUUGUAAGAAAAUGAGCAAAAGUGGCUCCCAGUUUUCGCCUCAACUCGCAAUCUUUCUUCCAUUUGAUUUCUCCUUUUUCGCAGUUCCCGAAACUCGCCUCUGAAACGUACAUAAUUUUACCCUAGAGUAAUCGAAUCUAAUCCAUUUAAUUCGAUUGGAUGCCUUUCGAAAUCUGUGAAUUUUGUUCAAAUUAUGGGUUUGGGAGAAAUUGAUCUUUUCGACGACGCCGGCGGUAAGGCGGCGGCGCCGAUGUCGGUGUCGUGCUCGAUUUGCUUGGAGGCGGUCGUGGACAACGGGGAUAGAUCCUGGGCCAAGCUUCAAUGCGGACAUCAAUUUCAUCUCGAUUGCAUAGGUUCAGCAUUCAAUGUUAAGGGAUCAAUGCAAUGUCCCAACUGUCGGAAAAUCGAGAAAGGACAAUGGUUAUAUUCAAAUGGUAGUCGAUCAUUGGCUGAUUUUAGCAUGGAUGAUUGGGCUCAUGAUGAGGAUUUGUAUGAGCUAAGUUAUUCUGAAAUGUCAUUUGGAGUUCAUUGGUGUCCCUUCAGUACUGUAACAAGGCUCCCUUCAUCAUUUGAGGAGGGGGAAUUUCAAUCAAGAUCAUAUCACAAUCUUCUCGGGCAUCAUGCUGCUGUCUUCGCCGAACACAACCCCGCGUCAUCCACAACCCAUCCUUGCCCAUACAUCGCAUAUUUGGGGCCUGUCGAGCCAUCUUCUUCAACCUCUAGCGGGAGCAUUCCGGACGGGCCCAGUUUCAAUGGUCACUGGAGCGGCCCAUCUCUUCCAAGCGAAGUCCCUUUCCCAACUCUGAAUUUCAGCUAUCAUGAUUGGGACCAUUUGCCGCCUUUCUCUGCAAGCAAUCGGACGAGCAAUCCAGAUCAACUCCCGGCCCCAUCCAUGACCCACCGCGCAGCUCGAAAUGGUUCUGAUGUCCCUAGACAAGGAAUGCACCCGUUCAUCAUCAGCCACAGUUCCGGUGGAAGAGCUCCGGGUUCUCUUACUUCAUCAAUUCUUCCAACUUACCCGAAUGCUGUUGCUCCCUCGCGCGACCGUCCCCCUUCUAUUCAACCGUAUGUUCAGCAACCACCGGGCCCCCCUACGGCGCGGAGCUCUCAUACCCCCUCGGGGCGAAGAUCCAGCAGCCACAUGGGUUUGGCUCAAGUUCCGUCUAUGGCCUCUUCAUCGGAUCAAUCCAGUGGCUUUUUCUUCUUCUCACCGAGUUCCUCCAGUCGAACCUACCAAGAAGGCGAGAAUCUUCCUGUUCAUGACCGCUUCCAUGGUUGGGAACGCGAACAACGACAACAGACUGGCUUCCUACAGAGCCAGAGUCAGAGCCAAGCGGAUCGCGACUCGAUAUGGGGGCCUUUCCACCCUCCAACGAGCGGGUUUCGCAUGAGGCACGGAUCGGAGAGGAUGCCGUCGCAAAACCGGUGAGAAUUUUAUGAUGAAAACUUGAUGGCUUGGACUGAAAGAAAACUGGUAUUAUGUAUGUAUGUAUGUUUGAGGUGCAUACAAUGAAUUAAGUUUGCCAUUGCACAAAAUGGUGGACCUGAAUUUGAAGUAAUUAUUAUUGUUAUUAUUUGCUUGAUGAACUUACGCUCUCUCUAUCUCUCAUGCUCUUUGAGGCAGAUAAUCAAUAAUAUGCAUGUUGGAUUUUACUUUUGCCUGGAGUUUUA